AUACUUAAUGUGCAGACAUGUCCCCAAGAAACUUGGAAUUCACGGAAGUUGGACUAUCAAAUCCUAUGUGGUUUUCUUAAAUAUCAAAAAUUGAAAAAAAAGUACGUUGAAAUAAUUAAAUAUACAUAUUUGAAUGUUAGCUAGUUUUUGUGGCGUUUACGUGAAGAUGUGAACGUCAUUACAAAGAACACCGAGGUCGGUCAUCCUCCAAUUUCUGCAAACCCAAAGGCAUCCAUUGACGAACAAGCUUUUCUCCCACGUUCUUGCUCGAAUUUUCCUGGAAUCUGAAGCUUUUUUCCCGAGAAAUCUGUUACCCAGAUAAGUUUUCUCCUCAGUUUUUUGUUUUUCUUUCUCAAGGAAGAAGGGGAAAAAAAGUGGAAUAUUGGUUCGCGAAGGAGGCAAUCUUUGCUGAUUUUUCGUGUUUGUUCCUGGCUCUCUGAAUUGGGAUUUGUUUAUUCCAUAUUGGUAGCAACAAAUCCUGAUUUGGAGAGAAGUUUUUUCUUCCUGGGUGUUCUAUUUCUUGGAAUUCUGAAUUCGUAUUGCCAUGAUGGUGAGCAAAUUUGGGUUGCAAGGGGAAAACUGUGGUGUUUCUUGUUCCUUCUUUUUGUUUUUAGAUGGACGGAAACUGGGUAAUUGAAACUCUUUAAUCCCAGUUGACAACUUGUUGGAGGUUUUAUGAAGGAUUUGUUGUUGGGGUUUUAUGAGUUCUUUUGUGUUGAGAGAUUGAUUUUGAAAUUUCAACUUGAGUUGAGGCGUGGGCGUGUUGCUGGAUUGGCGUUUCAUAGUUUGCAUUGAGGGUUUCAAGAUGGGGAAGCAAGCUGGGAAGAAAAAGAAGCAGGGGCUAGGGAAAUCUGGCGAUGCAAAUAUGAAGCAGAGCAAAAGUGGAGAUCAUACACCCAAAGCAUAUGAUAAUGACAUGGCAGUAUUCAUUUCUAUGUCUCAAGAAUUGAAAGAUGAGGGGAACAAGUUGUUUCAAAAGAGGGAUCAUGAAGGAGCCAUGUUGAAAUAUGAGAAAGCCCUCAAGUUGCUCCCAAGAAACCACGCGGAUGUUGCCUAUCUACGGAGUAACAUGGCUGCGUGUUAUAUGCAAAUGGGUGUCAUUGAAUACCCUCGAGCAGUUCAUGAAUGCAAUUUGGCCCUUGAAAUCAUACCCAAGUACAGUAAAGCUUUAUUGAAGAGAGCGAGGUGUUAUGAAGCUUUGAAUAGACACGAGUUGGCAUUGAGGGACGUUAAUACAGUCUUGAGCAUGGAGCCGAAUAAUCUCAUGGCAUUGGAGAUCGAAGAAAGGUUGAAAAAGGAAACAAAGAAGGAAGGUAUUGAAGUGAAUGAUAGAACAGUCGAUUUACCUCCUGAGCAUGUUGAACCUCCUUGUGAAUCGCCUCCGCCUAAAGCUGCGAAGGAAAAGAAGAAGAAGAAGAGCCAUAAGAUUGAGGAGAAGAAGGCUGAGGAUAAAGUGGUUGUGGAGGAGAAAGUAAGCAAUUUAAAGGAAGAAGAGCCUAAGAAGAGUGUGAAAUUAGUUUUUGGGGAGGAUAUUAGGUGGGGCCAAUUACCCAUCAAUUGCAACCUCCUGCAGCUGAGGGAGGUUAUACGGGAUCGAUUUCCAAGUUCAAAAGCAGUUCUUAUCAAAUACAGGGACCAAGAAGGUGAUCUGGUAACAAUCACAACUAGUGAAGAACUGAAGUGGGCUGAAGCGUCAGCUGAUCCACAGGGUUCUGUUAGGCUGUAUAUUGUAGAAGUUAAUCCUGAGAAUGAUCCAUUCUAUGAGAGAAUUAAGAAUAAGGAGGAGGUUCAUGAACUUGAAGCGAAGCAAAAAAAUGCUGUCAUGAACGGGAAAGUUGGAGAACACAAGGAAGCACAGAAGAGGUCAUCUUGUAUUGAUGACUGGAUCAUUCACUUUGCGCAGCUGUUCAAGAACCAUGUUGGGUUUGAUUCUGAUGAAUGCUUGGAUAUUCACGAGCUUGGUAUGAAGCUCUACUCUGAGGCUAUGGAGGAGACAGUUACAAGUGAAGAAGCACAGGACCUAUUUGACAUGGCGGCAGAUAAGUUCCAGGAGAUGGGAGCUUUAGCUUUGCUCAAUUGGGGAAAUGUUCACAUGUCUAGGGCUAGGAAGCGGGUGUAUUUCACAGAAGAUGCUUCAAGAGAAUCUGUUCUGGCACAGGUCAAAACUGCAUACGACUGGGCACAAAAAGAAUAUUUGAAAGCAGGAAGGAGAAUAGAAGAAGCGCUGAAAAUCAAGCCAGAUUUAUAUGAAGGUCUUCUAGCUUUAGGGCUGCAGCAAUUUGAGCAGGCAAGACUUUCUUGGUAUUAUUCUAUUGGCAGUAAUGUUGAUUUGGAAACAUGGCCGUCUACAGAGGUUCUGCAGCUUUAUAACAAUGCUGAGGACAACAUGGAAAGGGGCAUGCAAAUGUGGGAGGAAUUGGAGCAGCAACGCCUAAAUAAUCCCAGAACAGAUAAGGUCAAAAUCCUGUUGCAGAAAAUGGGCCUUGAUGGGCUAUUUGAGGAUAUAUCAACCGAUAAUGCUGCAGAGCAGGCUACAAACAUGAAGUCUCAGAUAAACCUCUUAUGGGGUACCAUGCUUUAUGAGCGUUCAAUUGUCGAAUUCAAAUUGGAGAUACCUGUCUGGCAAGAAUGUUUGGAGGUUGCAAUCGAAAAGUUUGAACUUGCAGGAGCUUCUCCAACAGAUAUAGCUGUUAUGAUAAAGAAUCAUUGUUCCAAUGAUAAUGCAGUGGAAGGUUUAGGGUUCAAAAUUGAUGAGAUAACACAAGCAUGGACUGAGAUGUAUGAAGCAAAAAGGUGGCAGAGUGGUGUUCCAUCAUUUCGUUUAGAACCAUUGUUCCGACGACGUGUUCCAAAACUUUACCAUGUCUUGGAGCAUCCAUGAGUUGCUUUUUGUUGAUUAGGAUUUCCAUAGAAACAGUGAAAGCACCCACUUUGACCACUCGAUUAUCUGGAGUAUGCACUGUUACAAACUGAGGUUUUCAUGCACCAUCAGCUAGGCUCUGCUUCAACCUAGUACUUUCAAAACCAAAGAAGAAACAGUUGUUGGCGUCAAAGCUAGCCUUGUGCUUCUAAAGACAAAGGAGAAAACUGUUGUUAGCAUCAGAAUUGUGUUGUUUGAUAUUAUGCUAAGGAGAUAAAUCUUCUCAUUUUUUAAGCCAUGGGGACAACAUGAAGUGGCAGGAAUUUCCUUUUUGUUAGUUGCUGCAUUCACUCACAUUGCCUCCCCAUUUUCACGGUUUCAGACUGUUGGCAGAAGUUAUAGUCAUACUUCCUUCUUUAAUCACCUCUAUUGAUAUAUUAUUUGUUUGGUGUGGCUUGUAAUUUAUUAUUUGAUUUCAGUAACUCUUAGUUGUAAAUUCCUGCAAGUUGUGUUUGAUUAGAAUUCAAGAGAAUGGUUUUGUAUUGGAUUAAAGACUCUUCGUUUUGUUUCUUGAAGCUAAUAAAAUUUGAGUUGUUUCAA